AUGAGUACUUUACUGGAAGUAACAGGCAAUAUAAGAAGCAUACAGAUGACCUUGAACUAUGUGAAUUGGUAAUUUUGUGUUUUUACAUUAUUGUUUAUUAUCAUAAAUGGGUAAGUGAGAAAUGUUGAAUGGCAGUGAUUUUCAAGGGUUCGCUAUUUCAUAUCAUGUGAGCAGAUAAAAAGCAAAACAAAUUUUUUUUAAAUUUAACCAUGUAUGUACUAGUAGUCAAUCAUUUGUCCAAGAAAAUCCAAUCCAAACUCUACCCAGAAAGAAAAAUAAUUAAAUUUAAGUACUGGUAUGUAAAGAUUAUCCCCAAUACAGCUUUUUGAUAGAAUUGAUGCUCUUUAUUUUUAGUCCACUGUCAUCUUAAAAUAUUAGCACUGUCAAUGUGUCAUAUUCCAAAAUGCACAUAGUUUUUUUUCCUUAUUUUGCAAUCAUUGCUCCCAGCAAGGGCUCAAGGUAAGUGCUGUUGGCAAAAAAGUCUUUUAGAUUUAAAGACUCAAUAACAUCAAAAACAUACAUUAUUUUUUUUUGUAUUUGUUGAAUGCAGUGCUUUCCAACCUGUUUUUUGUGAUUUUGUGACACAACAUACACAUACUUUUUAAGACUUGAAAAAUGCUGGAAAUGAAUUAAUACAAGUUAUUGACAAAGUGUUGCAAGUUUGCAACUGCUUGUUAAUGAGGACCUCUGCUUUUUUUUUGUGUAUACAAAUUGAAGGAUGCUUACAGGUGGUUUUUAGGAAAGUGCUGGUAAUUGGAAUGGAAUUUGAAAUCUAAUUCAAAACAAGCCUUGUGCCAAAAAAUUGGCAUAUCUGGAUAUUGCUAAAAUAUUUGAGAAUUUUAAUAAAAUAAACACCAGCAGACCAGGAAAAAAGGAAAUAAAUGCGGUACCCUAUAUCAAAUAUUUGUGUUGUGCAGCAAAGAUACUGUUUUGGAAAUGGAAAGUGAACAAAUCAAAUUUGGAAAAAAAAUCCAAAACAGUUGAUUGUGAGCUAAUUGUAGACCAUUUGUCUAUGCUGUUAAAAUUUAUAUGUGGCCCUACUCUUAAUAUCGGUUAGUUUAAUCCCCAUGUUAAUUGGUAAAACCGACUUACUGUGUCACAAAAUAAUGUACCAGUUCUAGUGCAUCUUCAGGAUGAAAAGUUUGGAAAGCGCUGUUCUAAUGGAAUAUGUCAAUAUCAUUUCAAUUGGUUUAUCUGAGUUUUUACUGCUAUUUUUUGUAACUCCAAUAGGAUUAUAAAAUGACUGACCAAACAGCAUUUACCAAAUUACACGUUUGUAAUGCUUCUGAUUUUCAUUUAAGUCCCUAAUAUUUAAUGGCUGGAUGUCAAAAGGGUCAUCCAUAAAUCAAUGACUCUUGUAUCCAUGGAGGAUGAGGAAGUCUAAACUUUGUGAAACAUUUUUUUUAUUGGAUGGGGGUUAGGGAUUGGCCAACAUAACCCUGUGUCAUUUAUGAAUGGUUGGCAGUUUCUUCUGCUUUAUAUUGUCAUUCCAAUUCAUCAUAAUAGCACCUUCUCAUCCCCGGUGCCCGGUACUGAAGCUAGUCAGUAAAGAAUCUUUUCAAAAGAUGAAAAUCAAACACUGUGCCAAGUUCCUUUUUAAUGUCAAGACUUUUUGCCUUUCUAAAUGUAUUUAUGUCUAACUUGUAAAAGUUAAUUCAUUUUAGUUAUGCACAUGUACUUAGUGUCUUUAAAGGUGAAUUCACAUUUGUUAAAAUACAAGCAGUCUAACAUACCAAGUAUUUAAUUUUUGAGUGAAAAAAACUUUAUUUAUUACUAGACCAUGUCAGCUUAGGUUCCAUUUAUUUUUAAUGGGGUUGUCAUUUUUUCGUUGUUGCUUACUUGGCUAGGUUGAUUUGUAGAUUGUCCAGCAAUUCAAAUAUCACAGACCAUUCCUUGUUUCUAAAACUAUGUAACUAUAAUAUUAGCUACUCACAUUUCACCACCUUGUUACAAUGUUACAGAGAAAUACAAAGCAUCUGUAGCUCACCUCGUCUUUUUAUAUAGCUUGCAAUGGUAAAAUAGUUAUUUAAAAUAAAUUUUCUGACAAAUAUAAUUUUAUUUACAGCCCAGCAAGGAGUAUCUUUUAAAGCAACAUGUGAAAGGACCUUUAUCAAAGCAGCUUUUGGAGGAAAUAGAAACUGGAACACUGGAUGAUGUUUGGCCAUUUAUUUCCUUUUUCCCAGCUAAAGGCAAUAAAUACACCUUUGUAAGGAUGGCAGUGUACCUUUAAAUGACCUAUAUGCUAUGUUUUUCUCCUAAUAUUGUUUAAAUUUAGUUUGAUUAGAAUACCAUCAUAAUCUAAUGUUUAGCAAUAUACUUUAUCCUCUAGGAAAUUCUAAUGCCAUUCCCUUAUGUUGGUAACGUCCUGGAUUUGGUCAUGAAAAAAGAUAUAGCCAAAACAGAGCCUGAACUUAAGAAGUUGCUCUUUGAGAUAGCCAAAAUGGUGAACAGACUUCACGAGUCCAAUUUUCUGGUUGGAGAUCUCAGAGCUUCACAGCUUUACAUAGAAAAUGUUACUGGUGGAUUAAAGGUAUUUUCUCAGAGGCACAUCAUUAAUUAAAAUUAUCUGAACCAUUAGAUUGUAGGCUGUAGGCCUACUCAAAUCAAUAGUGUAUAAAAUCAAUGCAUAAGUUAAUAUUAAGAAACAGAAUUUAAAAUAAAAUAAAAUUCUGUUGCUGUCCUUAAAGCCAAAAAUAUAUUUAGAUCUAGUCAUCAAAACUGAUUCUUUUUAAAAUGUAUAAAUUUUUUCUUAAUCUUAUUGAUAUUAAGCUUACUUUCUCAAAUUCGGAAGACUAAUAAAAAAAAAAUUAGAAAAGAACCUAUUCUAUGCUGUAGGGACAAAAUAUAAUACUCAUAUUAUAUAACUUGAUAACAUACUAAGGCUGUUUGCUGCAGCUCUGAAAUAGGCUGUAAAGCUGGCCAGGGCAACAUAGGGCCCCCGGCCAACCCACUUUGCAGCCCGCAAAGUAAAGUAAAAUUCUUUAUUAUUAUUUUCUUAAUAGCUUUUCCCAAUGUCCUAUUUUCUUUCGGCCCGCACAACUAUUUCAUAAAGGAUUACGGCCUGCCUUACAUUUUGAGUUGUGCAGGCCUGCUGUAAAGGGGUAUAAAAUACAAAACACCGGUACUUGAGGAUAAAUUUUGUUUAAUUUUAUCAUAUUUCACUAAGUAGUUCACUUUUUGAUGUCAUCCAAAAAAAUUUAUAGGAAUUAAUUGGAGGUUUCAAAGGAGCAAUUAAUUUUUUUUUUAAAUAAUUACUUAUCUAAUACAGAUACAUCCUAUUUUCUUACCUCAUUUGAUUUUCACAAAAGACAAGAACUCACUUCCAUGUAAUCCACCUACUGAUCCUGUGGCUUUAGCAAGGUAAAUCUGAUAUUUUUAUUUUAUUAAGUUAAUUUUCAGUUUUAAGCACCUUUGUAUGAAAAAAAUCUUUUUUUAUUGUAACUGAGUGGAGAGAUUGGGUGCUUUGUUCAUGACACAAAUUUACUCUGCUCCCAGAGCCAAAAACUCUAGCCAUAUAGAGUGUGGCAGCUUAUAGUUUUAAAUAUAUAUUUGGUUUAUUAACUCAAGAAGUUCUGAGAACUCUACUGGUAUCGCUAGUCUGUUAUUUAUUCUUAACUUAGAUGUUGUAUAAAAAAGAGUAGUGGAAGAAAAAUCCUAAUUAAAGGAUCCAAAGAAGAGGGACAAUUUAAAACGUCCUAAAGCUGCCAGUAAACACUUUCGUACUUUAGGGAAACGAUUCAAACUUUGAAUACAAAAACCCAUUUGCCCACUCACUAUAAAUAGAGUCGCAUGGACAUAUCAGAGAGCAACGACAUAAAUGCCCCAUUAUGGUCAUUUUCUUGCCAAAAUAAGUUUCAAAUUAUUUCAAAUAAGUUUAAAAUAACCCCUUCCAAAUAAAUCUACUGCUUUAAAAAAAUAUUAUAAAAUUAAUAUUUCUUUCGCCCCCAUUUUCAUUUCUAUGGUGGAUAUAAAAAAAAACUAGUAAGUUUACCAAUGAAACCAUUAAGCUUAACUCAGCAGGACUGCAAAAGUAAUUUUCGGCAUUAAAUUAUUUUUUAUUUUUCUGUCCGACAUCCCAAUAUAAUUCAUCAUUAAUUAAAACACCUGUAUUUUAAAUAUGUUAAAAAUUAAAGAUAAGUAGAAAUUUAUUGUGUCAUUUUAACUUUUAAAAUAGACACAAAUUUUCAGCUUUUUAAAUUCUCUGAUGAUUGAAAUAAAUGAUAAAUUGAGCAGCUUUGUGUAGGAAUCUAAAAAUGUAAUGUAGUUCUAUACAGUUCAAAUCUUUAAUACAGUUAAUAUUUAGUUGUAAAUUUCUAUUUCAUUUAUUCCAGAGCAGCCCCUGAAGUGAAACAAUCUGGGUUGUAUUCACAAGCGAGUGAUAUUUUUUGCUUUGGUGUCCUAAUUUGGGACUUAAAAGAGGCUAACUCCUGCGAUAUCCCUCCUUACCACAUAAACGUCCAUCAUAAAAAAGGCUGCAAGUCAUGGGCAGAUGAGCUGGUAAGGUUUUUCAUAAUUUCUGUGCAGUUUUUUUUUUCAAUUCCUAGUAUGUCAUUGGCCGGUGUUCAGUUUUUAACCUAACAGUGCUGUAUUUCAGAAAACUGUACAGGAAGAAAUAAACACCAGACAUACAUUUUACAAUCUUGGACACAUCUCCCCAUUUGCAUAGGCAGAGUCUACAGAAGGGGUGGUCCGCCCCGCGCUGAACCUUUUUUUCUUUAUACAAAAAUAAUUUAUACCGGUACCCGGUAUCGAGAAUCUUUUUUUGACCAACUGCUAAGUUUUUCAUUUGUGGAAAGGGGCAGCAAAAAUCUUUGCCCGCCCAAUUUUUGUGGGAGCCCAUGGGAGGAAAAGUUGUCUAGUAAAUUAGGAUAAGGUAUCUGACAACCCAAGUACAAUGUAGACAAAACAUAUUAACAGACACAUUUUGAUCAGUACAAGAAUCUUGUCUGAAUUAAUGCAUUAUCAUUUGUUUUAUUACACAACUCCUUUACAUAACUGUAGGAGCCACGUUUCUUUAAAAAAUUACUUUCGUAAGUCUUAUAAUUAUAAUAAUUUAUUUAUAAUUGUUCAUUAAAAAGAUAUGCUGCCACUAGCGACACCAAUCUUUAGAUAUGGCACCUAAAUAUUACUCGGAAGAAAAUUUACCCCCUGCCAGCAUGUCUUAGGGCAAGGUUUCCCAACCUUUUUUAUUUUCAGCUUACCCGAUGAAAUUUUAACCAUGAGCUCUUCCCCCCCCCCCUGCCCCGAAAUGUCUGGGUAUCACUAAAACAAUAACUUUGACUUUAGAUAUGGCACCUAAAUAUUACUCGGAAGAAAAUUUACCCCCUGCCAGCAUGUCUUAGGGCAAGGUUUCCCAACCUUUUUUAUUUUCAGCUUACCCGAUGAAAUUUUAACCAUGAGCCCUUCCCCCCCCCCCCUGCCCCGAAAUGUCUGGGUAUCACUAAAACAAUAACUUUGGAGCUUAGAAAUUAUAUCUGUGUAUCAUUAUAGAUAUGGUACCGGUAGUAAAAUUUAAAUAAAGAUACGGGGGAAUAAAAAGUAAUGCAAAUAUUUAUAAAAUUACUUAACAAUAAAGGUUUCUAUGUGCCGAUACUGACAACCAAUUGCUAUUGCACACCUUAAAGUGCUCAUUUGAAAGCCCUGGGGUGAGAAAACGGAAAACCCCAGUUGGGAAACCUUGUAUUAUGAGCUGAUAAUUUGACACUUUUGGCUAAAUCAAUUUGAAAUUGGAACAUUGGAGCCUCCUAUGGGGGUAAAAGUUCAUCAUAAAGUAAGGACCUGAAACAGACCAGGUAAAAUGUUGGUUUACUGAGGCUAAAUAGGAAAUAAGUGGGAAAAUAUAUAUCAUAAGUACUGUUUCACAAAAUUGUCGCAAACUAUAUAUAUAUAUAUACACAUAUAUAUAUAUAUAAUUUGCCAGUCAAUAUCGACCAGGACCACAUUAAUCAUCAUAUUUGUGCUGUGGGUGAGAUGAAACUGAUUCUGGCACGAAAUGUUCUUGUGCAGUAAGUGCGAUGAAACUGAUUCUGGCACGAAAAGUUCUUGUGCAGUAAGUGCAGGGGAUUGAGGGGACAUCUCCAUCUGUAGAGUAAAUCUGGGCCUAUCUGGUGUGUCUUUUGUGUACUGUAGCUGCUGUUAUGGUGGGUUCAUGUUGUAUGGAGCCUUUGUGUUCAGAGGAUCUCCAUGAUGCUUGACCCUUUGCCAAUCCUUCCCAUGUAUUCGGGUCUAUAUCAAAUGCUUUCAGUAAGGCUUUUAGAUUGUCUUUAAAGCGUUUGUUCUGCCCACCACCAAACCACCUCCAAUGUUUGAGUUCACCAUAUAAUAUUAUUUUGGGCAAGCGGGCAUCUCAUAUUUUCACAAUAUGUCCCGCCUAGCAAAGCUGGAACUGCAUUAAAAUGUUAAAGAUGCUGGGGAGAUCUGCCUGUUCGAGUACCUCAGUGUUUGAGACCCUGUCCUGCCAUUUGAUGUUGAGGAUUGCAAACAAUACAAAACAACAAAUUAAUUAUUUUAAAUUUAAAAUCUGUUAAUACUGCUGAAGAAGGCAUUGAGCCAAAACGUCCUUUUGAUUGAUCUGUCUUUUUUUUCAAGCCUAAACAUAUCUUGUUCCUCUAUUUACUUCAAUGAAUGCUUGAAUGCAGUCUCCCCUUAUACUUAUAUUAUCCUAAAUAGGAAAUUAAUAAUAAUAAUAAUAAUAAAGUUUUUUUGAAAAUCACGCUUCAUCCCCAAAGGCUCGAAGCGCUGUACAAAGUCAACCACAUUUUAUUUAUUUAUUUAUUUAGGCAUUUUUAUAUAGCGCUUAUCAUAAAGCUCUAAGCGCUUUACAAUUAUUAAAACAUGUAAACUAAGUAAAUACAAAUGAGACACUAGGAUAGUAACUACUAUUCUAUAGAAACAAUGAAAAUGGCUAUAAAAAGAGGACACUUUGACACUUCAGGAUCAACCCGAAACAGAAAAUGAGGUAGGGCAAGGAGGGUGCAUCACAGGUCAUAGGCGGACCUGAACAGAUGAGUUUUAAGGGACUUUUUGAAAAUGGACGAGGUUUCACUAUGACGUAUAUGGAAGGGGAGCUGGUUCCAGAACGUGGGCCCAUGGAAGCAGAAGGAGCGUUCACCGAUGGUCUUAGUUUUAGUUCUUGGGAUUGAGAGGGUUCUACUGUCAAUGGAAGAACGUAGUUGUCUUGUGGGGAUGUAAGGAAGCAACAGUUCAGAGAGAUAGACAGGAAAGUGAGGGUCAGUGAACGAGUUGAAGCAAAGAUUGGCAGACUUGUAUUUGAUGCGAGAGGAUAUUGGAAGCCAGUGGAGUUGCCGCAUGUGUGGUUGAAUGUGGUCAUGUUUCUUUGAUUUAAAAAUGAGUCUGCAUGCUGAGUUCUGUGCCUUCUGAAGUUUUUCUAUGUGGUGUUGAGGAAUGCCUGAGAGAAGAAUGUUACAGUAGUCAAAUUUUGAAAGAAUGAGUGAAGAGACGAGAGUUUUUGUGGCAUCAAAGGAGAGGAGGUGUCUAAUGGUGCUGAUUUUUCUAAUUUCGUUAUAUGCUGAUCUGCAUAUAUUCGUGACAUGUUUGUCCAUGGAGAGGGUGUCCGUAAGCGUGACUCCAAGGUUUCUGGCAGAGGGAGAGAGUGUGAUGUCAGAGUUGCCAAUAGAUAUAGAAGAAGGAGCGAAUGGAGGGAGAGGUUUGUUUUGAGAGUGGAUGAGAAGGAUUUCCGUUUUAUCAUCAUUUAGCUUCAGUUUGUUGCAAGUCAUCCAACGCUUUACAUCGUCCACGCACUCCUGUAUGCGAAGGAUUGUGGCAUCAAGUUGAUCAGGAAAGCAAGAGUCACUGAUUUGAGUGUCAUCAGCAAAGGAUUGACUGGAAACUGAGUGGUGGCUAAUGAGAGAUGAUAGAGGUUUAGUGUAGAGGAUGAAAAGGACCGGCCCAAGGACCGAUCCUUGAGGAACUCCAAUAGACAGGGCUGAAGGUUUGGAAGAGCGGUUGGAAAUAGAGACUUUUUGAGUUCUGUCAGAAAGAUAUGAUUGAAACCAGUUUAAAGCUGAGCCAGUAAGUCCGAAAGAAAGAUGAAGGCGGUCAAGAAGAAUCUGGUGGUCAAUGGUAUCAAAUGCAGCAGAGAGAUCUAACAGAGUGAGAAUAGAGAGUUUGCCAUCGUCCAUCGCGCGCAGGAGGUCACUCAUGACUCGGACCAGUGCUGUUUCUGUGCUAUGACCAAGUCGGUAGGCGGACUGAGAGGAAGGAUAGAGAUUGCGAGAAUGAAGAUAGCCAGAGAGCUGAGAGAGUAUGAGUUUUUCUAUGAUUUUUGAGAGAAAGGAGAGGUUGCUGACGGGGCGGUAAUUCUUGAGUGUGUUUGGAUCAAGUGAGGGUUUCUUUAGGAGGGGCAGGACAAUCGACCGUUUAAAAAUGGGAGGGAAUAUGCCAGAGAGAACAUUAAAAGAGAAAUAAAACAAUCUAUAUUUUACCACAUUGAAAUACAAAAUGCAAGAAUACAAAAAACCACAUACGAGCAAACCCAUUCAAAGUCUUUAAUCCCUUUCAACAAUAAUCAACACGAGCCAAUAUACAUAGCUAGCUGGAAAAGAUGGUAGACGACAACACACCAGCAGGUGUUUGCGAAAUAGAUGUGUUUUCAAAUCGGUUUUGACGGACUCCAGUGUCUCGCUGUUUCUGAGAGCGACGGGAAGGGCGUUCCAAAUUGUUUUGCCAGCAAAUGCGAAAGUACGUAAGACUCAAGGCCAAUACGCGGUAUCAAGAGUUUGCCAGUAUCGGAUGAGCGGAGUUGCCUAGGGGGUACAUAAGGCGUCAUGAGUGCUUUGAGAUAGCUAGUGAACAUUAGGAUUAUCUUUUUAGGGUGUUUAGAAGCUGUUUAAAAAAAUACACGGAUACUGAACCUACAUAAGGGAACUGGGUAAUUCUAUUUUUACUUUAGUUUGUUCGCUGAUGAAGGAGUCUUGCUGGCACGUUCGUUGUUUUGUUUCCCUCAUUUUUCCCAUACCGGUACCCAGUCCCUCUUUUCCAUUUUUCUAGCCUGAUUGCAGCCUCUCCCUCUUAUUGCCAUAAAAACAACAAGGAGGUGCCUCUUACAUGCAGAGAGAUUCCUUAAUAAGUUAAGAAAAGAAACGAUUCUUUUAUGAUCCAAAUGUAAGAAACUAUUUCUUGUUUACAUUGCAUUUUCAAUUUGAGCACAUUUAUAAAUAAAUAUUCCAACCAAGACAACAUUUUACAACUCGAACAAUUAAAACCCAAAACAGCUGAAGUAUUUCUUUAGCCUAAAAAUCAGCCUUUAUAUACCAUGAAAAUUUUACUCACUGAUUGAAAAUAAAGAUUUGAUUAAAGUUUAUAAGUGAUCAUUUAGAUUUUGUAACAGCUGGGGGAGCAUGUUUGUAAAUUCUGAUGGAUUAGGGAACAAAAUAAUUUUGAUAUCUUUCGGUCUCAACUUUAAGUUUAAGGAAAAGAAUUAGAUCUGGUCGAGCUGAUCCUAGGUUCUGUGACAAAGAUGGUGGGAUGCACCUUGCAUUUUAAAAAUUAUUUUUACAACUGCAUUUUUCUUCAAAUACCUGUAGUAUAGUUCUUCAAGCAAAGGUUGUGUAGUAUGUGUGAUAUUUCUAGCUUUCUUGAUUAGUAUAUUUAAUGGAUGUUUGAUGUUAGAUCUUCUUCAUCUUCUUGUGCUGAAGCAAAAUUUUAUGAAGAAUUGGUAUUUAAAGCAGUACAAGGUUUUUGUGUUUUUUCCCACCCUGUAGAUCACUUGACAUGCAUUACAAUCAUUGAGUGUGUGACAUUUACUUUUUUAACAGGAAAGUAAGGUCAACCCCAUUGACUCGAGGAGACCAAAUGAUAUGAGCAAUAUGCUCUUUCAGUUAAUGAGGCAGUGUCUUAAUCUUGUUGACACAGCGAGACCAUCAAUGCAAAACAUACUCAGGUAAGAAUAGAGGCAUGUAAAUAAAAUGAGCUUUCAUUUUUGUCCUGAAUAUGAGCUAUCAUAGAGCUUCACACCUAUCCAUUCAGUCAAUUAUGUUUUUUAAUUUGCUCCAGCACAACUCUCCUCUAAACUUAAAGCAAUUAUUAUUGUUUAUGUUUAGAAAAGGUUUACAUCACAAAAAUAUUUGUAUACUAUUUUAGACUGAAUAAUUUAUCUUUUUCAAUUUUUAUAUGUUUACACAUACCAUACCCAUCCCCUCCUCUAUUUAAACAUUUUAAAAUAGCAGUUAAAAUAGAAAAGUUUUUUCUUGUUCACUCAGAAGAGGAAAAUUAGAAAUAGACUGAAUGUCCUGAUGAUUUUCCCUUUUUUAUUUAUUACUGAUAAAACAACUAUUUCAAUCUUCCAGGGAUUUAUCCCCCAACAACAGUUACUGUGAUGAUUAUCUAGCCAGUAAAACCUCAGAUUAUUUUUCAAUGGGUUCUGAUAUUGGUUCUGAUAAAGAUGCCAGAAAAGGUCCAAGAAGAUCGGGCAGAGAUUGGCUUAAUGUCAUUAACAAAUCAUCACUGACUCAAAGUAUUGAAGAUGCUCGGGUAAAUGGGGAAAGAAUGCCUCAGGAUCUCAAUCCAGUGUAUAAUGAAGCUGACCAUUACGAAAAAUUGCUAAGUGGAGAAUAUAAGAUGGAGAGUAGUUUCAGUGAUUUCUGUCAAAUUUCAGCAGGUAUCACUCAGGAUUCAUCUGUGAAUGAUUUGAGUUCAGUUUUUGACAUUCACGAUUAUGAGAACAGCCUGUCUAGUUACUCCGAUAUAUAUCUCGGUCCACCAGUUCUGACUGGUCUUCGUCCACCACCUCGGACUGGUCUUGCUCCACCACCUCUGCCUCCUAGAAAUUAUUCAUUACAAAUUUUGAGACAGCCUCCAUUAACUCUGUCUAAUUACUCAGAUAUAGAUCUAGGUCCACCACCUCUGACUGGUCUUGCUCCACCACCUCUGCCUGAUCAUGGUCCACCACCUCUGCCUGCUAGGAAUUAUUCAUUACAAGUUUUGAGACAGCCUCCAUUAACUUCAGCUAAUGACAUGAAAUUAGAAGGUGAAACCUCUCGACCAGCUCUGCCUCCCACAAAACAUUUUGUUCAAGGCGCUCAGGAUACAUCUGUGGAAAGAUUGAGCUCGCUUUACGUCAGUCAUAGCCCCAGUGAGAGCAGCGAGGCCAGUAGCUUGAACACAGAUCUGAUUCCACCGCCACUGCCUGAUAGGAAAUAUGCAACAUUGAAUUCCCUUGAAUGUCAUCAGAAAAAAUUAGGGAUUGAAACUUCUGACUCUCACCCAGUGCUGACUGCUACAACUAGAAGACACUCGGAUAAUCUUUACAGUGAGCUUAAUGAUAACCGAAGUGAAAGCCAGUAUGAAGAGUUGCAUCAAACACUUCCAAAAGAGAUUCUUGAAAGCACACCAGCUGAAGAGUUGCCAUCUGGCAUUGAUGAAAAGGAUAUUUACCAAGCUUAUUGUGAACUAUUUCCUUCGUUAAAACCAAGCUAACAAAUGUAGAUGUCAUAUCUGUAGAACAUCGUAACAUGUAGAAAAGGAACUAGUAUAUUUCAAUUUUAAACAUUCCAUGCAAUGUCACGAAUUUCCUUCAAUACCUUACACUGGGUUUUAGUCAUAUAAUUAAGCCGUUUUUGUAUUUUUUCAUGAGCUUACUUUUCUUAUGUACUUUUCUUACAUUGGCACACGUUUUUUAACAUUGACCCAUUUUCUUACAUUGACUAUUGACACACUAUUUUUACAUACCCACUUUUCUGAAAUUGACUCACUUUUCUUACAUUGACUCACUUUUUUUACAUACCCCUGUUUCAAACAUUGACUCCCUUUUUUACAUAUGCCUGUUUCAAACAUUGACUCCCUUUUUUACAUAUGCCUGUUUCUAACAUUGACACACUUUUUUACAUACUCCUGUUUCUAACAUUGACUCACUUUUUUACAUACCGGUACUCCUGUUUCUAACAUUGACUCACUUUUGUACAUACUCCUGUUUCUAACAUUGACUCACUUUUUACAUACUCCUGUUUCUAGCAUUGACUCACUUUUUACAUACUAACCCUGUUUCUAACAUUGACUCCAUUUUUAUAUACUCCUGUUUCUAACAUUGACUCACUUUUUACUACAUUGACUCACUUUUUUUACAUACCCCUGUUUCAAACAUUGACUCCCUUUUUUACAUAUG